AUGACCGCGUCGAUCGUUAAAUGCACACUCACUCAACUGUGUAAGUCAACAAAUUCAGUCACAAUUCAUAAUUAAUAAAGGGUCGCACAGCCUAUAUUCACCUUUAAAUUCCGGGGCAGAGUUGAUUGCAUAAUGAUAUUUACUAUGACCGUAUCAAAAUUAAUGUAUGAUUAUUUUAUAAUUCAUUUUCUUCCAUGAAAACUGUUUUACUUCUCUAAUCAUUACACGUGCCUUCAUAUAUUUUCCCAUUGUUAUCCUUAUUAAGGUAUCUUGACCAACAAAGAAUAUGCAACAAAUUCAUCCAGAUCUGGAAAUGAGGGAGAGGGAGAGGCACUCAACAACCAACAAUCGCCACCAAUCCCCCAAUCGGUUAUGAACAAACUCCUUCGACAAAUUCUGUUAACACCUGGAAAAACAGUAAGCUUUUCUCAGCUGUCACAAAAAGGCAUGUUCAGAAAGAAUGUUCAUGGAUAUUCUGGAAAAAACCUCAUGCACCAUUUAGUUGCAAAUAUAUUGCCAAAAGUUCCCCUUGGAGUAGUUCAGGAGAAAGCUACCGCAAACAGAAUAAUGGUAAUUACCAAAAUAUUAUUUUGCUUGUUAUAACUUUUGUUUAAUUUUAUUUCCUGCCAUCUCUACCUAGCAAUUUCUGUUCAUGUAUGUUCUGAGAAUGAAACUUAUAAAAAUACCUUCUUGUGAGUAUCUGUCACAGCUACAUGGUUGCAAUAUUAUUUUCCUUCCAUAGUUAUGUUAUACUUGUAACUUGUUCACUCUCCGCGGCCUCUUAUUCAUGUCAGAAACAGUGUAUUUUUGUGGCUUGUUCACGGCCGGACCUCUAACGCUUGUAAUUAAUUCAAAAAUUGUUUUCGUAUUUCAGUGCCAUUUUAGGCAGCUAUGGUUGCUGAUUUUUUCUGUUACAUGUGUAAAUUUUUCCUAAAAAUUAUCUAAAAAGGCCAUAAACUACAUAAAUAGAAAUGUAUACGUUUUGAACGUUACAUGUUUUUCAUUCCCAUUGGAUAACAAAUUCUGCAGAUGCCACCCCUAUUAACUACUAUAUAUAGUAUAUACGUGCAACUAAUCACCAAACUGAAUUGCAAACUACUAUUUUUAACAAACAGGUGUACUUCUUUGUGAAAGAUGACUUGCCUGAAGAUGAAACAAGUGAAGAUACUGUUAAGCUCAUUCAACACUUGGCUAAGGUUGGCCUUGACAUUGACAAAUAUACAACUGCUUUCAAUGCCACCAACAAGCAAAGCUUAGAAUUAUGACACUAUGUAAUAUUAAGUAAUACAUGCCAGACUGGAAAGUUUGUACUUCGCAACCGAGAUCUCAGUUGCGCACUUUUUUGCAAAAUGCGUGUCCAGACGCGCAAAUUUCAAAAAUCUGUUGUCAAACGUGCAAUUUCAAAAUGAGGCGCAGGUAAAAUUGAAAAUGUGCAAUUUUUCAAGCGCAUGCGCGCAUGAAAUUAAAAUUGUGCUAUUAUUCAAGCGCGUCAUGCAAGAGACAAAUUAGCUUGCACGAGAAAUGUCGCGAGACACAAGAAAUCCGCAAUUUUAUGUCUCAAAUUUACACAUGCCAGCGGGGCCGCAAAUUUUAGCAGUUAUGUGUGAUCAAUGUGGCAUUGGUAUGGUGAAAGUUCAUUUCCAACGAAGCACAAUAAUAACCAAUAAAGAUCAGCCAUUCCGAAGUUUGAUCUAAUUGUAUUUCGGCGGUCUUUUGGUUUUGGCUUUUCAAGGCGAACAUCGACCAUUGCAAUUGAGGGCCUGUACUGUUGUUCCACGGCAAUCAUUCAUCAAGAGACUAUUGAAUAAUUUCUGCUAGGUAAAUGUAGUGUAAAUAGUUGUAAAUUGUUUCAUGUUUUUGUGUCGCACUUUAUGGAAAUGUCUGUAUUAUCAGAAGCUGAAUUGUCUACAAAUAUACAAUAACACAUUACACAUAUAUAAUACACUGGCGCGUGUUGUUCGGGAUGGAAUGAUUCGAAUUUCGAAAUGUUGAAAUGCACUACAACUGAAUAACAGUAUAAGGAAUUAUUUAUAAAGGAAUCAUUUAUAAAUUAUAAAAAUAAUCAUGACAGCAGUCAGCGUCUCAGUGUGCCAAAUUGCCAACUUCGAUAAAUAACUAAAUUUGGGAGGGCCUAACUCAUCCAUCUAUACCAUCUGCUAACAUACUUGAUACUUCAUGAAGUAUGAUGCAGAUAUAUCAUACAGCCCGAAUAUUCAAUCGGACAAUCACAGCCAAUCAGUUUGGAUAAAUUGAAGUAUGGACCCCCCCAUAAGUUACUUCUCCAAAGAACUGCUUUUUCUUUGGAUUGAUGUCCAAUAUCCGCGAUCGGAGUCCGAUUGAUCCGAUGGCCAAACAUGUGAUAUUCUCGGCCGACGCGUCAGAGAAUAGUUUGUCCGAUGGACAAAUAUACGUAGACAAAUAUGUAUGUAUAAAUCUUUAUUAAAAUAUUGAAAGCAACACCUCACAACAAACGUGCUGGCUUACAAUUUGCACUAAUUACUUAUCAAUAAUUAUUAUACUAAUUACUAUAUUAGUAUUGAUAUUAUUCAUUAAUAGAGCUAAAAUACCAUUGUUAUAAUGUUUAAUGUAGUUCCUAAGAAGUUAAUUUCUAAUUUAAAAAUAUCAUAUGAAGUUAAAAAGACAUCUACCGGGUGCCCAAAAAAAAGUACUCCUGUUUGAUUCGUAAUAACUUCUAAACAAGUGAAGUUUUUAAAGAGAAAUAACUUGCAUUAAAUAGAGGAAGGACUAACUUAGAUUUUGAUAUAUUACAGUUGUAUUUAACUUAAAAAUUCACGGAUAUAUUAAUGUUAAAAAUGGGGAGCAUAUUUUGGAAUGUGGCUAAAAUUAGCGAAAAUCGGCAUAUCAAAUAUUAACUCCAGCGUUUGUUUGCUUAAUGACAUAUUAGGCUAACUUGUAUUUCAGCGAAUUAUCGUUAAGGUUUGUAAGGGAUAUGGCGUAGAUUUAGACAUCUUACAUGUAAGUCUUAGCUCAUUGUUUCCUGAAAUAUGAACGUUCGAAAUUAUGCAAGUAUUUAAUAUUAGGUCUUUGCAAACUUAAAUGUACAUGAAAGACUGACCAUGGAAGGCAGGCGCUUAAAUUUUUCGUAUUGUUAAAUAGCCUAAUUUUUUUAUGUUUUUAAUGGGUUCAAACAGACUGAGUAGAUUAUUUCUCGGUUAGAGCAGGAUGAAUAUUCUUUAUUGAAGGAAAUAAUAUUGCUUUUUGCAAAUACACAUCACCGUAUCAACGCUACUAUUUUGUUACGUUUUGUUCCAAAAAUGUUGCAUGUCUCUGGGGAGUUGCUUAAUUGUUAUGUCUUAUGGAGUUGUAUGGUUUGAUUGUGUUUCAUAUAAUUCUCAGUUUACUCCAUGAACUUGCCAAGAUUAAGAAACGGCAAAAGAGUUUGGGUGUUCUUAACAAGAUUUCAGAACGUUGCAGAAGUUAGAAGAGCUUCACAAUUCCGUUGUGACAGCAUGCCCUAAUUCAGAACUACGAACGAUCCAAUGACGAUCCUUCGCGAUGCAGUGGUCUCAUGAAAUAAGGAAACGUAUUCGUGCUAGGAACACACACGAAUUUCGGACGAAUGAAUCUUGCUUGUAUUUUGUAGAUAUAAUAAUACUUUGUUUCAUAAUAAACAAUUUGUCAAGUGUCAUUUAUUUACUGGUAAUAGUGCAUGUUUCAGUCGGGCAAAUCUUGAUUAAUAUUUGAUACGCCGAUUUUUGCAUAUUUCAGACACAUCCAGAAAUAUCCUCCCGAAUUUAAAGAUUAAUAUCUCCGUGAAUUUUUAAGUGAAAUACAACUGUAAUAUAUCAAAGUCUAAGUUAGUCCUUCCUCUAUUUGAUGCAAGUUAUUUCUCUUUAAAAGCUAUACUUGUUUAGAUGUUAUUACGAAUCAAACAGGAGUACUUUUUUUGGGCCACCCGGUAUUAACGAACACUCUUUUAAACCUUUCUGUUCGAACUUUCGGUAGUUUAUACUCAUGUCCGCGAUUGCGUAAUUCUAAUUGACGACUAGGAGGCAGCAAAACUUGCAGGGCAUGGUUGGGAUCCGUAGUUAUUUUCUCCCAUAAAUCUGUCUUUAUUGUUUAAUAUAUCAACAAUCGAUACCUGAUACAUAAGAUAUCCAUACUUAUAUGCACGUUUUAAAAGUUUAUCUACUUGACUAAGAUACUUAGAAUACAACGCACAUCCCCAGACCUCUAUACCAAAAACUAAUAUUGCUAAAAUAAGACUAUGGAACAGAAGACCCAGCUCUUUCCUAGAAAACCCGUAGUAUUUGCAAAUCCAAAUAUAUAGCAUAAUGUGAUAUUAAUUUAUAAUAUAAGGACUAUUACAACAGUCAGGCAUGACAUAUAGGUCGAACCGUUAUAUUUUCGAAAUAUUUUUUUGUGUGCAUGUUGGAAGGACAUGCACAAAACUUUUACCGAUGGUGAAAUGACAUCAUUUGAAUGCCAGGGUUGCAAAGUAAAGAGCCUGGGCAAGAGGCUAUGCCACAAUAUAAGUGGCAAAUGUCAGAUGGCCCGAUCGAUCGGAUCCAUCGGACAAGCACGUUAACGGACAAAAAUUUUACCGAUGGUGAAAUGAUAUAAUUUGAACGCCAGAGUUGCAAGGAAAGAGCCUGAGCAGGAGGCUAUGCUACGUUGAUCGCGAUUGAUCGGAUCCAUCGGACAAGCUGGUUACGGUCGGACAAAGAUUUUACCGAUGGUGAAAUGAUGUUAUUUUCAAAUCUAGGUUGCCGAAAGUGAAGAGCCUGGGCAGGAGGCUAUGCCACAAUUGAAGUGGCAAAUGUCAGAUGGUCUGAUCGAUCGGAUUCAUCACGGACAAGCGUGCUUACGGUCGGACAAAAAUUUUAACGAUGGUGAAAUUAUGUCAUUUGAACGCUAG